GCCCCCUCCCGCAAGCACUCCCACGGCACCGCAGGAGCCCAGUUAGCACAGCAAACCCAAUCAACAAGCCACAGUCACCCCCUUUUCCCCAAAAAUGACCUCCAGCUCUAGCGCGGAAGACUGUAACAGUCCCCAAAGGGCAUUAGUCUAGCAGGAAGUGAUGCCUGCACAAAGGGAUAGUCUUGGCUACUAAAACCUACGCCGAGCCUCCUGGAGACCCGGCCGCGCCACCUCCCUCCGGUGCAUCUACUCUCUCCUUCACCAAACGCGAAGAAAAGAAGAAACGCGAGAUGCCGGUGCAGAGGCGUGGUCUCACCCUGACCAAUGGGAAGUGAGGGCGUGACCCUAAGCUUUUCUUUCAUUGGCCCAGGGUCCCAGGGCUUCCAGGUCUUGGCGCGCCGUGGCUGAAAUCGCGCAGGCGUCAGAACGCGCUCUCAGCUUCGGGUCCUGCAGCUGCGGCUUCCGCCAUCAUGGUGCGGAAGCUUAAGUUCCACGAGCAGAAGCUGCUGAAGCAGGUGGACUUUCUGAACUGGGAGGUCACCGAUCACAACCUGCACGAGCUCCGCGUGCUGCGGCGUUACCGGCUACAGCGGCGGGAGGACUACACGCGCUACAACCAGCUGAGCCGUGCCGUGCGUGAGCUGGCGCGGCGCCUGCGCGACCUGCCCGAGCGCGACCCGUUCCGCGUGCGUGCUUCCGCUGCGCUGCUGGACAAGCUGUAUGCUCUCGGCCUGGUGCCCACGCGCGGUUCGCUGGAGCUCUGCGACUUCGUCACGGCCUCCUCCUUCUGCCGCCGCCGCCUUCCCACCGUGCUCCUCAAGCUACGCAUGGCGCAGCACCUUCAGGCUGCCGUGGCCUUUGUGGAGCAAGGCCACAUACGCGUGGGCCCUGACGUGGUUACCGACCCCGCCUUCCUUGUUACCCGCAGCAUGGAGGACUUUGUCACUUGGGUCGACUCGUCCAAGAUCAAGCGGCACGUGCUGGAGUACAACGAGGAGCGCGAUGACUUCGAUCUGGAAGCCUAGCGGCUCUCCCACUCCACGGCUGUCUUCUACAGAUGGGAAAACUGAGACCUAAUGUUGGAGAUUCUCUGAGGGUGCUCUCCCCAAGGGUGUCAGACGGUUGUAGGUUCUUAAGAACUUGAUACAUCAAGGGCAGGCCGUGCACAGAGCCACGGGAGGUGCGUCCUUGUUUUCCAGGAAAUGUUCUUAGAACUUGGACUACUGAUUUUUGUGCCUUGGGAAACAGUGGGAAGUAACUUGGUGCUGCUCUGGGGUAUUGUUGGCUUCUUGCGUUGGAAACUUUGUAAUGUAAAAGCAAAAACUACAAAUCCCCACGCUCUGUUUCCCUUUAUCGUCUUAUAGCUGGACUGGUUCCAUUCAUUUAACUCGAAUUCUUGCUCCUGUCCAUGGGGUUAAGCUGUGUAGAGACGAUGGGGAGUUUGGUGGACUCAAAUUUUUAUAAACUCAGUGAGACUAGUGUGUUCAGGAUCUCCUCCCUUGUUUAAAGGAAUGCUUUCCUAAUGCCAAUAAAUGACUCAGCCGCUUUGUAAGUGCAACUUUU